AUGAGAUCUCCAACAUUAAUGCUGCUCGCAUUGUGGAGCUUUUCCGUGGAGGUUUGCUGCAGCCCGGUGCUCGCCCGUAUUCCGGCCGCUUUAGAGUCAUCAGAAGCCGGACAAUGCGCUCUUCUCACCGCCCCCUGGUCCGAGCUUAUCUCGCCGCCCAGAGACUGGACUCACAUCUACCGGCUGAAAGUAUUACCCAUCUCCAAGGAUGGUCCAAACAAACUGGUUUUCCCGGAGCAGCCGUUGUUCCAGUUCGUCCGGCGCGUUUAUCGUUGCUGUCAGAUGGGACACCACUGCGCCGGGGUGAAGGGGAUACAGGGUCGCUCCACUGGAGGCUCCAUCAUUGAGUUUCUGUUGAGCGAAGAUGUUUUAUCGGCGCCAGUGCUCAGAGCUGAGGUUCAUCUGCACCUCUCCAACCCUCAGCAGCUCAAUAUCUCACCACUGCUGCCCUGGCUCCACAAACGCCACCUUCCUACAAGGUACAGUGCUUGGUCUAAGGAGGGCGUGGUGGAGCUGAGGGUGGAUCUGCUGUUCUUCUUCCAGGCACUUCAGGCUCUCAGAGGGAGGCGUGGAGGUGCAAGUCUGAUGGAGAUUCGCCGUGGUGGAGGACUGAACAGCCCCUGGGUUUCAGAAACUCGACCAGCGGUGACACAGGGCAGAGACAGAGGGGCAGAGCGCCCCCUGCAGACUCCUGAAGAGCUGGGCUUGGCCUUACUCUGCAGCACGCCUGAUAUGAACACCCAGCGGUGUGAGAGGCACGGGGUACGACUGCUCCACACACCGUUCAUCACACUCUCAUAUGGAUAACUUUCAUGGAACUCCUCAGAAAAGAACAGACGUGACCAGAGGUCAGACUGGGAACACUAUCAAAUGGGACAAACGUCAUCAUGAAUAAAAAAUGCUGCCCUGUUUUGACUGCCUCCGUGAAACAGAACACAGUGAACACAGUGCUUCUAAUAACAGUAUUGAUCUCAAUAUUGCAAUGUGUCGUAUAGGCCAGAGCCACUGUUCCAUGAAGAUCAAUACGCACUUCAGCUAGUGAUUUGAACUUAUUUAAUUUAUAU